AUGCGGAUUCAGCGUCUUCCGUAUCGCCACACGUGGGGCGUGACGUCACUUCCUGGAUUCCGUCUGUUGAUGCUCUACUUUGCAGUAAAUUCAGUAUUGCAUUCUCCAGUGCCUACUUCUCCUGCCACAAAACAGAGAUUUAUUUUGCUAGAUGAGAUUUACCUCAUGUAUCUGCUUCUACCCAGGCAAACGCAACUGUCCGUAGGCAAUCUCUGUUUCCUAAGCUUCCUGGUUGAAAGGGUUUACUUGGAGGCUGCUGAAGCAGCUUUAGCAGAAAAGUUCUCCAGGCUGUCUUUUCAGAUUGUAUGCAGACAUAUUUACCGUGACUGGCUGAUUGUCUACAGAAAAAACCAAGAAAACUCAGGGACCAGCAACUUUAGUAGAAGCGGAUCUAGGAAAAACUUCCAAAAAACCCUACAAAAGCAGACGUUUGAGUCUGAUGAAGCUGAAAAUGGUACACAUGACCAGGCUUCCAGAAAUUUGAUGACAGCAUUGUGUGAUGAAUCUGGAAAAACUACACUUACGUCCUGUGACUUUGACUUGCGUGGUUUACAGCCUGAGACUCGCCUAAAGAAUUUGCUUCAGAUUAAUAAUGUGGAGGACCUUGAGAGACAAAAUGAAGAGUCUCGAAAAGCCAGCAGACAGGCAGAACUUUUUGCCCUCAGUCCACCAAUGGAUGAGGAGGAUACUGUGGAAAUCCGUCCUUUGCCUGAAUGCCCAAAAGAACACUUGGGAUACAGACUGAUGAUCAAGCUGAAUACUCUGAAAUUUGACAUUGAAAUUGAGCCACUCUUUGCAAGUAUAGCAGUAUAUGACUUGAAAGAAAGAAAAAAGAUCUCUGAAACUUUUCAUUGUGAUUUGAAUUCUGAAACGUUCAAGUCUUACCUGCGGAAUCACACACCCAAUGUAGAGCCAUCGAGCCAAGCAAAAUCUGCAAUACUCUCUAUUACCUAUCCCUCAUCAGAUAUCUUCUUGGUCGUUAAGGUAGAAAAAGUUCUACAACAAGGAGAGAUUGGGGAAUGUGCCGAACCAUAUAUGGUUCUGAAGGAGAGUGAUGGAGGAAAGACUAAGGAAAAAGUUGAAAAGCUAAAAGCGCAAGCAGAAAACUUUUGUCAGCGUUUGGGAAAGUACCGUAUGCCGUUUGCCUGGGCACCUAUAAGUCUUGUUAGCUGCCUUAGUGUUGUAAAUCUGGAUAAAGAGACACAAGAUAAUGAAAAUGGUAAACCCUCAGCAGGUGACCGCAGAUCCUUAUCAGCCCAAACAAGAAGAUUUUCAGAUAGGGGCAACUCCAUGGAAGAGAGCAGCUCCCCAUCAACCUCUAAAACAACCACAAUUACAGUCAACACUUUCUUUAAACAGGAAGGAGACAGACUAAGUGAUGAAGACUUGUUCAAACAAUUAGCUGAUUUUAGGAGAUCUUCUUUGCAAAGGAGAAUUAAAACAAUAUCAGGUAUUCUUAAACUAGAAGUGUCCUCAGUUUGUGAAGGACUCAGCUGCUGUCUUACUCCUGAGCUGUUACCAGUGAAACCCUUUCCUGAAAGUCGGGCUCGUCCUAUUAAGGAAGUACUUGAAUUUCCCAUACGUGAAGUUUAUGUUCCCCAUACUACCUACAGGAAUCUUCUAUAUGUCUACCCACAGAGACUGAAUUUUGCAAACCGUCUUUCCACAGGAAGAAAUAUUACAAUCAAAAUCCAAUAUAUGUGCUCUGAAGAUCCUAAGUGUGCUAUGCCGGUCAUCUUUGGAAAGUCUAAUGGGCCAGAGUUUGUAGAAGUGGUGUAUACAGCUGUCACGUAUCAUAACAAAGCUCCAGAUUUCUAUGAAGAAGUGAAAAUUAAACUACCAGCUAAAGUAACAAAUAAGCACCACCUUCUGUUCACCUUUUACCAUAUCAGCUGUCAACCAAAACAAGGAGCCUCUGUGGAGACUCUUCUAGGAUAUUCAUGGCUACCGGUAUUGUUGAAUGAUCGUCUUCAGACUGGACAUUAUUGUCUUCCUGUGGCAAUGGACAAACUUCCUGUAAACUAUUCCAUGCAUUCUCCAGAGAAAGUGCCACCUCAAUCCCCACCUAUCAAAUGGGUUGAAGGUCACAAAGGGGUGUUUAACUUGGAAGUGCAAGCUGUUUCUUCCGUGCACACACAGGAUAACCACCUGGAGAAGUUCCUCACUCUCUCUCAUGCUCUCGAAGGUCCUGUAACCUUUCCAAUCAGAGUAAUGGACCAGAAGAUCACAGAAUCUUCUCUAGAACAUGAGCUGAAGCUCAGCAUUGUGUGCUUGAGUUCAUCCAGACUUGAGCCAUUAGUUUUAUUUCUUCACCUAGUGUUGGAUAAACUUUUCUUGCUUACUGUGCAGCCCAUGGUUAUUGGAAAUCAAACAGCCAACUUUUCUCAGUAUGCCUUUGAAUCAGUGUCGUCCAUCGUGAACAGUCUCCACAAUAGUAAAGAUCUGAGCAAAGAUCAGCAUGGAAGAAACUGCUUAUUGGCAUCCUAUGUGUAUUAUGUGUUCCGUCUUCCUGAGAUUAGCAGGGAUACAUUCUUAGCAGGGAAUCUAACAGAACCUCGCUAUUUCACUGUUGGUCGUUCUGCUGCUGCUGCCGUUGGUUCUAAACUAAUAAAGUCACGUGCACUGAGCUCUAGCAAUCCAGAUAUCGCUGGGAUGACCAGUGCUGCAGACGAGGAGGUCAAAAACAUAAUGUCCUCUAAGGUUACCAAUCGCAACUGCAAUCGUAUGUCCUAUAUUAUGGACCCCAGCAAUGACAUGCAGGCUUCCUGUGCCAGCACAAGAUCUUCUAGUAAAAAGCUCUUCCACGAAGAAUUGGCGCUUCAGAUGGUGGUUAGCGCUGGCAUGGUUAGAGAAAGCGUAUUCAAGUAUGCGUGGUUCUUCUUUGAACUGCUGGUAAAAAGUAUGACCCAGCACAUCCAUAAUGUAGAUAACCCAGAUGUGCCAAGGAGAAAUCGCUUCUCAAACCGCUUUAAAGAUGACAUAAAUACCAUUGUGAAUGUUGUAACUUCUGAGAUUGGAACACUAUUAAAUAAACAACAAAAGGAAACAGAACAAGCAGAGAAAAUCAAUAUAAGUCUGGCUUUUUUCUUAUAUGAUUUAAUUUCGCUGAUGGACAGAGGCUUUGUUUUUAAUCUCAUCAAGCUGUACUGCAAUCAGUUGUCAACCAAACUGAAUUCCUUACCAACACUGAUAUCUAUGAGACUGGAAUUCCUGCGGAUUCUUUGUAGCCAUGAACAUUAUCUUAAUCUAAACCUGUUCUUUGUGACAUCAUCAUCUACACCUGCAUCUCCGAGCCCUUCAAUCUCUUCUGAGAACUCUAGCUCCUGCUCCAGUUUCCAGGAUCAACGAAGUGCCAGUAUGUUUGAACUUUCAACAGAUUUUCGCCAGAAGCACUUUCUGAUUGGACUCCUUUUUACAGAACUGAAUGCUGCGCUAGAUACCGAGGCGGAAGGGAUUAGCAAGGUGCAGAGGAAAGCCAUCAAUGCAAUACACAGCCUGCUGAGUUCACAUGACCUGGACCCACGCUGUCAGAGAAUUGAGAUUAAGAACAAAAUAACUGCACUUUACUUGCCAUUGGUCAGUACUAUUUUGGACUCGGUGAAUCAGUUACAUGAUUUUACAGUUUUAGAUGCUCGAAAUGGAAAAUCUCGAAGUUCAGAUGAUGAAGUUGAGUCACCAAGCACAAUUAACCCAAGUAUCGCAAUGGCUGUAGCAGGGAAUCAGUUCAACAUGAAAACGUCUACAGUUACAUAUUCUUCUGUGCCCCUUAAAAUGUACACCACUCUGAGUGCUGAUUGCACACGAAACCUACUAACCUGCUUCCUGUGGAUCAUGAAGAAUGCAGAUCAGAGUGUAAUCCAUAAGUGGUUUGCAUACAUGUCCACCCUGCAGCUGAACAAGGUCCUGGACCUGCUGUUCAUAUGUGUCUCCUGCUUCGAAUACAAAGGAAAGCUGUCAACAGACAAAGUAAGCACUCUGGUACUUCAGAAGUCAAAAGAUGUGAAAGCCCGUUUGGAGGAAGCUUUGCUAAAGGGUGACAGUGCCAGGGGAGAGAUGAUGAAACGCUGGAAAACUGGGAAUGACAGGUUUUCUGGCCUUAAUGAAAACCUAAGGUGGAGAAAAGAGCAGACGCAGUGGCGCCAAGCUAAUGAACAAUUAAACAUGACAAAAGCUGAGUUGGAUCAGGAAGCAAUCAUGUGUGGAAACCUGGCUACUGAAUCCAAUUUGAUCAUUUUGGAUGUAUUGGAAAUUAUCAUACAGGCGACCCUGACAGUGGACUGCAAGGACAACCUUCUGGGUGGAGUCCUGAAAGUACUUGUUCACUCCUUAAGUACCAAUCAGAGCAGUACAUACUUUUCUCAUUGCUUUGCCACCAUCCGGGCGCUCGUUGUCAAGUUUGGAGAGUUGCUAUUUGAAGAAGAAGUGGAGCAGUGCUCUGAUCUGUGCCAAAAGGUCUUGCAUCACUGCAGCAGUACCAUGGCAAGUACCAGGAGCCAGGCCUGUGCCACCUUGUACCUGAUCAUGAGAUACAGUUUCAGCAGCACUAGUAACUUUGCUAGGGUGAAAAUGCAGGUAACUAUGUCACUAGCAUCGCUGGUUGGUAAAUCUCAGGACUUUAAUGAAGAAUAUUUGCGAAGGUCGUUACGGACUAUUCUGGCGUAUGCAGAGGAAGAUGAUGAUAUGCAACAAACAUUUCUACCUGCACAGGUGGAUGAGCUUUUAAGUAACCUCAACAGUAUACUGUCAGAUACGGUAAAAAUGAAAGCCUUCCAGGAGGACCCAGAAAUGCUGAUGGACUUGAUGUACAGGAUUGCUAAAGGCUAUCAAACAUCCCCAGACCUGAGGCUGACUUGGCUACAGAAUAUGGCAGAGAAACAUGCAAAGAGAAAAUAUUAUACUGAGGCUGCUAUGUGUUUAGUGCACGCGGCUGCUCUGGUGGCAGAGUACCUGAGUAUGCUAGAGGAUUACAGCUACCUCCCAGUUGGUAGUGUCAGCUUUCAGAAUAUUUCCUCUAAUGUGAUUGAGGAAUCUGCUGUUUCUGAUGACAUCCUGACUCCAGAUGAAGAUGGAAUGUGCUCAGGAAGGUAUUUCUCAGAGAAUGGAUUGGUCGGUCUGUUAGAGCAGUCUGCGGAACUUUUCAGCACAGCAGGAUUGUACGAAACUGUAAAUGAAGUAUACAAAAUUGUUAUCCCAGUACUUGAAGCACAUCGAGACUUUCGUAAACUCACAUCAACACAUGAGAAACUGCAAAAGGCUUUUGACAGCAUAAUAUCCAAGGGACAAAAACGAAUGUUCGGCACAUAUUUUCGUGUUGGAUUUUAUGGAUCGAAGUUUGGAGAUCUCGAUGAGCAAGAGUAUAUUUAUAAGGAACCUGCAAUCACCAAGCUUCCAGAAAUUGCCCAUAGAUUAGAGGGAUUUUAUGGCCAGUGUUUUGGAGAAGAUGCUGUAGAAGUGAUUAAGGACUCAACUCCUGUAGACAAAACAAAGCUGAAUCCUGCCAAGGCUUACGUACAGAUCACAUUUGUGGAGCCAUACUUUGAUGAGUAUGAAAUGAAGGACCGGAUAACACCCUUUGAGAAAAAGUACAAUCUACGUCGCUUUAUGUACACCACCCCUUUCACUCUAGAUGGGAGACCGAGAGGAGAGCUUAGUGAGCAAUACAAGAGGAAAACCAUUCUAACUACCAUGCAUGCAUUUCCUUAUAUCAAGACUCGAAUCAUUGUCAUCCAGAAAGAAGAGUUCAUACUGUCUCCCAUCGAAGUUGCAAUUGAAGACUUGCAGAAACAAACUAUGGAAUUAGCAGUAGCGACCAACCAGGAGCCACCUGAUGUGAAAAUGCUUCAGAUGGUGCUUCAGGGUUCUGUGGGAGCAACAGUGAAUCAGGGGCCACUAGAGGUAGCUCAAGUAUUUCUGGCUGAAAUUCCAGCUGAUCCAAAACUCUAUAGGCAUCACAAUAAGCUGAGAUUGUGUUUUAAAGAGUUUAUCCUGCGGUGCGGUGAGGCAGUAGAGAAAAACAAGAGGUUAAUCAGUUCUGACCAGAGAGAAUAUCAGCGAGAACUAAAGAAGAAUUAUAACAAACUGAAGGAGAACCUUCGGCCCAUGAUCGAACGUAAAAUCCCUGAGCUGUACAAGACUGUGGUAAAGACCCCCAGUGAUAUAAGAGGCCUAUUGCACAGAAACAGCUUCAGAAAAUAUGAUUCUUAAUAUUCUCCGAACAGCUGAUGAGUUUCUGAAACAGUGCUCAGCAAGUGACUGAAUACGCUGUAUAGAUCACCAGAGAUGCUCUUUAGCAUUUCCAAUGCCUUAUAAAAAACAAAAAUAAAACAAAGCAGAAGGUUGUUGGAUAAUACUUUAUUCCUUCAAAGCAACGCAACAUUGCAGGUUUGUUCAGGUCCCUCACCAGAUCUACUCACCUCCAAUGGUCAUAAUUAUGUGGGAAAUUCACCCACUUGUGCCCAGGUUUUGUUUUCUGGUAAGAAUACAGGCCCUCUUUUGAGUAGCCUGGGGUAAAUAAACAAAAACCUCACCAUGCAAAAUCAUUAGGGGCUUUUUUGGGCAUUAUAUUGCAAUGUAUGUGUAUCUCCUUCACAUCCAGAGUUCUGUUAACUAGAUAAAGAUCUAUCAUCAAAUGAAGCAAAAAACACAUUUGGCAGAAGAUUACAGGGCCUACAAUUAAGAUCUUGGAUCUCGUGACAAAGUAUUGUCCCAGAUCAAUAUGCCUUGGGAAGACCCAAGCAUAGCUCUAAGUACUAGUCACGUUUUCACUGUGUUGGUGUAAAUAAAACAAAUGGCACAUUAUUCAACAAAUACAUAUGAAAGAUGUAUUUUGAUAAUAGGUGAAGUUUGAAAGCCAUAUGAAAACAUACUUUUGAUGGGCAUUUCAAGUAAUAAAAGCUCUCUCAUAUUCAAAUGUUAUUUAAAUGCAUCAAACCUAAAAUGUGUUCUACAUGUUACAUGGUGACUUUCUUACAGUUUAAAAAGCUAGCAUUUUUUAGCUUGUGAAAGGUACAGAGUUGACAAUAGGUCAAUAGAUAUUUGCAAUGUCACAUAACAACUGUAAAGUUGUUUAAGCAAUCAAUGGCAGACCAUUUGUAUUUAGUAAAUGUUUUGUCGGUCGGAAAAUUAUCCAGAGACAAUGAGUUUGGCCAUUUGCAACUAUCUGCAAACGCUUAAUUUUAAACCUGAAUUUCUAUGUACAGUAUUUGGAUAAAUAAACUUAAAGAAAAACAUUUGCAAAUGGGUUACAUGUUUUAUGUCUGCAAGGUAGACUAUAGAGAUGUAUAUAUGACUGUGUAAAUCUUUUUGCCUUCAAAAAUUGCAUUUUGCUUAAAAAAUUUAGCAUUUUUUAAUAUAUUUUUUCAUUAUAAACUACAAGCAUAUAUGUAAAGAUUCAUUUUUAUAAACGCUUUAUUUCAUAUUGCAGUAUUCUUUGUUAUAGACCUUUUUUAUUACUUUCUAACCAUCAUAGUUGCUAGAAUAAUUUUUAUGUAACAUUUCAAUUAUGUUUAAUUUAAAUUAACAUGGUACUGAAAAUAAACAACUUAUGACUGUCAAAUUAUUCAUGUUUUAUUUUUCAGAUACAUUUAUAUAUUUGUGAUUAAUCAGGGAGUUUUCUAGUAAAAAUAUUUUUUUACCUCAUUUGCAGCAAGAUUACAAGUCGCGAGUUAUGAUUUGUAUGGUCUUUUCGCAAUCAAUUUCCAUUGUGCAGGUAUUACAAGUCUUUAAAAAUCGCGAUUGCCUUUUACGCAACAUUCCUUUCUGCACUCGAAGAGCUAUAGUUAAUGCUUUUCCGCAAAACAAAAGUUUCACGAAACACUUAAAAAAUACAUUACAAAAAGUAAGGUUAAACUUACAUUAACACUGUCUAAUAAAAAUUAUUAAAAACAAAUAUUGCGCACAAAAGUUAUAAGGACUUAAAGAUACGAGAUCUCGAGGGUUAGGGAAAAAAAGCAGACGCAGGAAUUUUACAUUGACAUUCAUACACAUACAUAGAGAAACAUUGAUUUAUAUGCAUAGAGAUAUGUCUAACUAUAGAGAUAAUGAAAAUAUUUUACAUUACAAUCUUAUGCUCAUUAAACAAUAUCUCAGAUGUAUUUUCAAUUUGAUAUUCGCAUAUAGAUCUCGAGAUAUCUAGACAUAUAUAUAUUCAUAUACAUAUCUUGCAGUAAAUAGAUAUAUCAGUCCAAAUAUCAUCAAAUAUAUAGAUAAAUAUUUAUUUAGAAAUAAAUAGAAGAUAUUCCGUUGUGAAAACAAUUUCGCAAUUUGAAAUAUUUGCAUUUUCAUGGGCUAUGCCCAACAUAUUAUAUAUAUAUAUAUUUUCUAUUUGUCUUCUCCAUUUACUUCUAUGGGGAAUACGUGAAUGCGCACACGAUUUCACGGUUUGCAUUGCACAGCUUAACGUAAGUGCAAAAUAAGUUAUUUUGCAACUUGUAAUACCUGCGCAACCCCAAAUGCGACAAAGCCAUAACGCACGCGGCUUGUAAUCUUGCCCUUAGAAAUUUAUUAUCACAAAUAAUAUUAAUAUUAUAACAACGCACUUUUCUUCUGUGUACACUGGAUAUUGUUUACAAUUGCUACAAUUGUAGUUAGAUUUCUUCUCUAUGCUUCAAAUUGAACUUCCAUUGAAAGUGAUGUUUUCUUUAUUUCACUGUAAUGUGCCAAUGAUUAUGUACAGACACAAUCAUUUUUUUCCUCAUUGUGUUUAUUCGUUAGUUGUUUGAUCCAUUUUAUUGAAAUGUUGUAAAGUUAAUAACAAAUAAAAGCUUUUAUGGAAUAACAUUA